AUGGCUUCACCACUUUCCGCAGCUAAGCAGCAGCUGCGAAAUUUGGUCAAGCAAAAGCUUUCUACAGUAUCUGCGGAUUCAAUCGCUACUCAAAGUAGGAAGAUCUUCGAGUCCUUGCAAGAGUUCAAACCAUAUUUAGACGCCAAAAGAAUCAGUGUAUAUCUUUCCAUGCCCUCAGGCGAGAUCCAGACUGACGCCAUUGUUCGACACGCCCUCGAUUCGGGGAAGCAAGUUUUCAUUCCCUAUCUUCACAAGUCUCCGCUAGAAACGCCCAACACGCCAUUGCGUGUUAUGGAUAUGGUGCAUCUAAAGAGCAUUCAAGACUACGAGAGCUUGCAACUAGAUCGAUGGGGCAUCCCCAGCGUAGAUCCAGCUACUGUUCAUGAACGUCAGCGCAUUCUAGGAGGGCCGGAUGCUCACAGAUCAGACCAAGCCGGUUUGGAUUUGAUGCUGUUGCCGGGAGUCGCAUUUGACUUUGAUGAAUCUGGUGCAAUUCGAAGACUCGGCCACGGCAAGGGGUUCUACGAUUUCUUUAUGAAUAGAUAUUUGGCCAAAGCGGCAUCGCCUGAUGUUGAGGCAAAGCCUAUCCUGUUGUACGGGCUGGCAUUGACAGAGCAAUUGCUCUCGGGUUCACCAGACGAACAGAUUCCAAUGGGCCCGUACGAUAGGCGCUUGCAUGGAUUGGUGCUGGGAAAUGGGGAGAUAAAGGAAUCACUGGGUAGCAAAAGUUAG